AUCAAGAUUUGCCUUGUCGUGUAAGUUCUACAACAACUAGUGCCAUUAGAACUGUAAUUUUCUGAUCACUCUUGGACUUCCUCUGCCUUAGAAAAGGGUUUGAAAGUGGGGUCUAGGCCUAUUUCUAUAGAACAGGAAUUCUCAAGGCAAAUAAUUUUUUUAGCUGUGAUAAGCAAGUGACUGUAUGGUUUAUAGGACAGCUACCACAAGCAACUAAUAGCAGCAGCUAUUGAGAUAACAAGGAAACAUAGUUUAGCAUUUUGACACUUGUCUGUCUUCUGCUCUCACUUCCAGGCAGCCAUGUUGAAGCUGAACAAGACUGACAUCCUGGUGAUCUUAGCAAUCCAGGUAGUUCUCCUCUGUUUCAUUUUUCAGCUUCAGCACAGUCCCCAGGAACAGUUGUCUCGGAAGCAUAUCCUCAUCCUCUCCUCUUGGAGGUCUGGAUCAUCCUUUGUAGGGCAGCUCUUCAGUCAGCACCCCAGUGUUUUCUACCUGAUGGAGCCAGCCUGGCAUGUAUGGGCAACUAUGUAUCAAAACAGUGCCAAGGUCUUGCACAUGGCAGUGCGGGACCUUAUUCGGUCAGUCUUCAAGUGUGACAUGUCCGUCUUCGAUGCCUACAUGAAUGAGCACAGGAAUAAGUCUGUGCUUUUUCAGUGGGAGACCAGCCGAGCUUUGUGUUCUCCUCCUGCAUGUGACCUUUUCCAGCGCAGUGACAUCAUCUCCAAACACUCCUGCAAGACACUCUGUGGAAAUUAUCCAUUCAGCAAAGUGGAAGAGGCUUGUAAGACAUAUAGCCAUGUUGUCUUAAAGGAAGUCCGUUUCUUCAAUCUCAAGGUGCUUUAUCCUCUCCUCACUGACCCCACCCUGGACCUCAGAAUCAUCCACCUGGUCCGUGAUCCCAGGGCUGUUUUCCAUUCCCGUGAGAAUGUAGCAGGUGAACUUGCCCGUGACACAAAGAUAGUGGUUGGGCAUAAGAAUAUAAGGGACAUUAAGCCCUAUGCUGCCAUGAAGGCAAUUUGCAAAAGCCACAUUGAUAUAUACACCGAGGUCAAGCAGUCCCUCAAAGAUCGCUACCUCUUAGUGCGCUACGAGGAUAUUGUUAAGACUCCCUUGGAAAGAGCUGCUCAGCUGUAUCAGUUUGCAGGGCUUCCCUUCCUUCCCAAUCUUCAGUCCUGGGUGCAGCAUAUCACACACGGCCAAGGCCUUGGUACCAAGGUUUUUGACACUGAUGCCAGAGAUGCAAUGAAUGUGUCACAGGCUUGGAGAAAGACUCUUUCUUAUCUCCAAGCAGCAAUGUUACAAAAUAUCUGCAAGGAAGCUAUGAAACUUUUGGGUUACCGGCCUGCUAGAUCUGAGGAUGAGCAAAAUAACAUGGCAUUUGACCUCUUUGACCCAGUUGAAUAUAAAAACUGCCUGUCCAGCUUCCAGUAGCUCAAAGCUUCCCAACUAGACUGCCCCAGGAAGCUGCAGCCUGUGUAAAUGGAUCCCAACAUGAAAGGAUGAAGGAUCACCUGGCAUUUGCCCUGCAAGCAACGUUGGAGUAGCUGACAAGGAAAAGCACCCAAAACCUCUAUAGUAACUUGUCCAUCGGUUCACAAUCUGCACUCAGUCUGCUAUCUGACUGGCAGCUGGAAUGCUUCACAUGGCCAUGGAUCUGUUCUCUUGACCUGGUUUCAGCCCCCCCCCCCACCUUCAUUGUAGAUAACAUGUAUUUCUUUAUU